CGCCGUCGCCAUCGCCCGGCCUCACGCUCCUUUGCACCCCGGCCGUCCCCUGCCAUGCAGACAGCUGCGACGAUACGCACCACACUCCGGCCAUGACGACGCCUGUGCUGGGUGUUACGGGACCGGCGGGCGAGCCUGGCCUGCCGCCUUCCCGCCCAUCGUCCAUCGCGACGGCCACCUCGGGCGGCCAGAGCCAGACGCGGUGGUCGCAGACGACGUCGCUGCGCCGCGGCAUCCACAGCGGGCUCAGCGGCGCCGGCAGCCGUCCGACGACGGCCGCGAGCAGGACACACGUCCCGUUGGCCGCCCACGGCUUCUUCCGGCCCAUGAGCUCGCAGCGCCUGCAGCAGCAGCGCAACCAGCGCCCGACGUCGCUGCUCGGCCACAACGCCCUCUACGCCCACGACGGCGCCGCCCCCACCAACACGCACCGCCAGAGCACCGGCUCUAUGCAGACGAUCCGCGGCGCGCCCGCCCUCAGCCUGCACCUCGAGCUCGACCACCCGCCCCCCUCGCGCGGCACCGACGUGACGGACCGCGACCUGCCCGACCGCACCACGGCGAACACGACGCCCACGGGCGCAGAGACGGUGCGCAGCCGUGGCGAGAGCACCACGCCCCUGCACCGCCCGCGCCCCCAACACCUCAACCUCGCCGGCGCACCCGCCCACGACGCCGCCAAGCUGCCUCCGCCCAGCAAGUCGCCGGGCUCCUUUCGUUCCAGCUUCAUGCUCUCCAGCCGCGAUGGGCGCGCCACGCAGAUGCGCCCGCAACAGGGCCACGAGAAGCUCACCUCAGCCGCAUCUUCGCCCCGGCUCGCUCGCAGGGAGCUCACGCAGGAGGCCGUCAAGAAGGAGCUGGGCCGCAACUACCAAUACUUCUCCGGCAACACUGCCUUCUGCUGGGGCGGCCGUCUGCAGAACACGCGCGACCGCCCUGUCAACGCUGCGACGGCCAUGCUUAUGGUCCUGCCUGCGGCUCUCUUCUUCGCUUUCUCUGCGCCCUGGCUGUGGCUUCAUGUUUCUCCAUCGAUACCCAUUCUCUUUGCCUACUUGUUUCUAAUUUCUCUCUCGUCGUUUCUCCACGCGUCUGCGUCGGAUCCGGGCAUUCUGCCCCGCAACCUGCACCCUUUCUCUCAAUCUAAUCCUAAUCAAGACCCGCUGGAUAUCGGCCCUCCCACUACGGAGUGGACCAUGGUUGUGUCGGCAACCGGCACUAAUGCUGCGAUGGAAGUACCGACAAAGUACUGCAAGAGCUGCAACAUAUGGCGCCCCCCACGCGCCCAUCACUGCCGCGUCUGUGACAACUGCAUCGAGACCCAAGACCACCACUGUGUCUGGCUCAACAACUGCGUUGGACGGCGCAACUACCGCUACUUUUUCGUUUUCGUUUGUGCCACCACAUUGCUCAGCUUGUUUCUCAUGGGCGCUAGUCUUGCACACAUUCUAAUCUGGCGGGCGCGCAACGGUGCGUCUUUUGGUCAAGCCAUCAACAAGUGGCGUGUCCCGUUCGCCAUGUGCGUAUUUGGGCUUCUCGGUUGGACAUAUCCCUUUAGUCUCGGCAUGUACCACUUAUUCCUGGUAGGGCGUGGUGAGACGACACGCGAAUACCUCAACUCGCACAAGUUCUUGAAAAAGGACAGACACAGGCCCUUCACGCAAGGGUCGGUCCUCAAGAACUGGAUUGCUGUGUUACAACGCCCGCGCCCGCCCACAUAUCUGCAUCUCAAACAGAAGUAUGAAGAGGGUGACCAGAGAUUUGGUCCGCGGAAGGGCAAGCGCACGGCACCCCUCGUGGCUGAGCAGCAGGGCGGGGGCUUGGAGAUGCAGGAUGUCAGCAACGCUGAGGGAUUUCAAGGCCCAGUAGGCAGGGCGCGUCGCGACACAGGUGGUGUGGACGCAGCGUAGAUAGAUUUAAUACGGAGCCGUUUUCCACUUGCACACCCCCUUCACGAUACCUCGGCAUGUUUAGAUAGAAAGAAUUAGACACUGCCCAGC